AGCGGGAAACUGGGCGUUUGUAUAUGUUCGGGCGGAGUUACAGGGUGAUGGGCCAGGGGAAGGGGCGAGGUCUGUGUGCUACGGCCUGUGAGGCUUGCUUCAGGGUAGGGGCGGUGGGUUGUGCAUAGACGAGUGAGGAUGUGGGCUAAGCCUGCGAAGAAAGGAGCCGUGUGUUAAGAGGGUCAAGGUGAAGAUGUGUGACCCAUUAGGCGGGAACCGAGCAGAGAGGAAGAAGUGGGCGGGGCAAUUUAAGGGGCGGUGCCUGGGUAGAGAGGGUUGGGAGGCUGCUUGAGGUACUGUGGGGCGGGGUUAGAGGUUAUAGGUCCGCUGAUAGGUUGGGUGAGUACCGUUUAAGGGGCGGGGCCUGCAAGGAUAGGGCAAAGAUGAAAGGGCGUAGCUAGCGCUGAGGAGGCAGGCUUGACAACAGCAUGUGAGACUCUCUCCCACCAGACCUAGAGUUUUCGGAAAACUGCGGGCUGGAUGAUGCUGGCAAUCACGUAAUGCACCCCUUUCAAGAGUGUCCUCCUGGACAGUGCAAUAGCAACAGCGCGGAGCUAUGUAGCCUUUGUGGCGGCGGAGCAACGGCACCCAUUCCCUCGUGGAGCCGUGGCGGAACUGGGCGGCCCUGCCGAGAGAAGCCUGUCCCUAACAAGGAGCCCUGCCCACUGACACCUGGAAAAUCGAGCAUCCUUAGCUCCCAGGAGCCCAGCUCACCAGCGAUUCCCAGUGUUUCGUGGACUUCUGAGCACAAAGCCCCUCAGCAAGCCUGGCCGAGUUUGAGUUUUGCCCUGUUCCUAGUGCUGGUUCUGCUCGUGACCUCAGCCAUAAUCCUGCUUGCCCUGCAAAGGCACCACCGUCGCCUCAACCAAGGGAAAGCAGUCCAACACCCGUAUCCUAGCUUGGUUUGCAGCGACCUUGACACCCACACCCACUUCUUGCACUCGUCCUCUCCAGCCUCCCUGGAGACUUCAGAGGCAAGGGACUCAUGGAAGGAGGUCUCUCUGUCUCCACUCCUAGGCAGGGAGAUGCCAAGCCUGGAGUCACAGCCCCUCUCUCGCCUCCUGGAUGAGCUGGAGGUGCUGGAGGAGCUGAUCCUGUUGCUGGAUCCUGAGCCUGGGCCAGGUGGGAGGAUGGCCUGUGGCACCACUCGACACCUGGCUGCAAGAUAUGGACUGCCUGCUGCCUGGUCCACUUUUGCCUACUCACUGCGGCCCAGUCGCUCACCUCUGAGGGCUCUCAUUGAGAUGGUGGUGGCGCGGGAGCCCUCUGCCUCUCUGGGCCAGCUUGGCACACACCUGGCCCAGAUAGGGAGGGCAGAUGCACUGCAGGUGCUGUCCAAACUUGGCUCAUCAGGGGCUUGCCUGGCCUAGUAUUCAAUAAAGUUUCUAUUGAAGUAA